AUGCUACAAAAAGGGUUCUACUACUGUUUGUUCUUUUUUGUUGUGAAUGUAUCAGAUAUUCCAUCGGCAACAGCUACCACUUCAACUCUUUCAUCAAGAUUAGAGAGUGACAUUUGUUUGACGGCAACAUGGGCUACACAAGGCAUUACAGUUGCUGGUGGAAAGGGUUUUGGACACGGUUUUGAUCAAUUAGCUGAUCCUUAUGGAAUUUUUCUUGAUGAUAAUGAUACUAUCUAUAUAGCAGAUCGUUCUAAUCAUCGUGUUAUCAUGUGGGAACAAAAUGCUACAAUAGGUCAAUUAGUUGCUGGUGCAGAAUGGGAAAGUACGCGUUCUAUGUCAUUGAAUAUGCCACAGGAUGUUGUCGUUGACAAAAACGGAACAAUGUAUAUUAGUGAUGGAGGAAAUCGGCGUGUUGUUCGUUGGCGACGAGAUGCUGGAGAAGGAGAAGUAAUAAUUGAUCAUAUUCAAGCCGUUGGUAUAGGACAAGAUGACGAAGGAUCGAUCUAUGUGUCUGAAUAUGCAGAUGGUCGUAUCACAAAAUGGAACAUGAAUGACGAUGAACUAAAUGGACAAGUUAUAGCGACACAAUUACGUCAAUCGAAUUUUUUAUUUGUUGAUCAAGAUCGAUCCGUCUACUCAGUAGGUUAUAUGGCUCAUCGAAUAGUCAAAGUAUCUGAAGAUGCUGAAGAACCUAUUAUUGUUGCAGGGCAAUCUGAUAAAUCAGGUCGUGACUUAGAUCAACUAGCUUUCCCAACAGGUGUUUUUGUUGAUCAAUUAGGUACUAUUUAUAUAGCUGAUACUGACAACCAUCGAGUUGUGCGUUGGCCACGAGGAGCAGCAUCUGGUGAUUUAAUCAUUGGUGAACAUGGUGUUGGUUCAGAAUCCGAUCAACUACAUAAUCCUUCUGAUUUAUUUCUCGAUCGAUAUGGAAAUCUUUAUGUUACCGAUACUCUCAAUAAUCGUGUGCAAAAAUUUAUGAUUGAUAAGAGUUCAUGUCUCACCAACUGA